AUGGUAUUUUCCUUGAUGGAAAUGAAAAUGGUGUGGAACAAGCAAAUGACUUUGUUUUAUCCUGUAAAAGGGAUAAAUAAACACAACCCAGAAACAACAUUUGAUGUGUAUGUGGAAGUGGCCUGUCCAGGGAUAAGCAAAAUUGGAGCAGAUCCUGAGGUGCGGAGGAAAUUCCCAGAGGACUACAGUGACCAGGAAGUUCUACAGACUUUGACCAAGUUUUGUUUCCCCUUCUAUGUGGACAGAAUUACAGUUAGCCAAGUUGGCCAGAAUUUUACAUUUGUACUCACAGACAUUGACAGUAAACAGAGAUUUGGAUUCUGUCGCUUAUCUUCUGGGGCCAAAAGUUGCUUCUGUAUCUUAAGUUAUCUCCCAUGGUUUGAAGUCUUUUAUAAGCUGCUCAGCAUCUUGGCAGAUUAUACAGCAAAAGGACAGGACAGUCAGAGGAAUGAACUCCUAGAAACACUCCAUAAACUACCUAUACCUGACCCAGGAACACCUGUUGAUCUCAGUGUGCAUUCUUUCUUUACCGUGCCUGACAUCACAGAGCUUCCUAGUAUUCCUGAGAAUAGAAAUCUGACAGAGUAUUUUGUAGCUGUCGAUGUCAACAACAUGCUGCAUCUCUACGCUAGUAUGCUAUAUGAACGCCGCAUCCUCAUCUGCUGUAGUAAAUUGAGCACUUUAACUGCCUGCAUUCAUGGGUCUGCAGCUAUGCUCUACCCAAUGUUCUGGCAACAUGUUUACAUUCCAGUUCUACCCCCGCAUCUGUUGGACUACUGCUGUGCCCCGAUGCCUUACCUCAUUGGAAUACAUUUAAGUUUAAUGGAGAAAGUUAGAAAUAUGGCCCUGGAAGAUGUGGUGAUUCUUAAUGUUGACACCAACACACUGGAAACCCCUUUUGAUGAUCUACAGAGCCUUCCUAAUGAUGUGGUUUCUGCACUCAAGAACAGAUUGAAGAAAGUCUCCACAACUACUGGGGAUGGAGUAGCAAGAGCAUUCCUAAAAGCCCAGGCCUCUUUCUUUGGGAGCUACAGAAAUGCACUGAAAAUUGAACCCGAGGAGCCAAUCACUUUUUGUGAAGAAACGUUUGUGUCUCAUCGUUCUACCGCCAUGAGGCAGUUUCUUCAGAAUGCUAUUCAGCUCCAGCUCUUUAAGCAGUUUAUUGAUGGACGCCUUGAUCGUCUCAACUCUGGAGAGGGCUUCAGUGAUGUUUUUGAAGAAGAGAUAAAUAUGGGAGAAUAUGCUGGGAGUGACAGACUGUACCAUCAAUGGCUCUCCACAGUAAGGAAAGGAAGUGGAGCCAUUAUAAAUACAGUAAAAACCAAAGCUAACCCGGCUAUGAAGACAGUUUAUAAGUUUGCAAAAGAUCAUGCAAAAAUGGGAAUAAAAGAGGUGAAAAACCGCUUGAAGCAAAAGGACAUUGCUGAGAAUGGAUGUUCUGCAGCACCAGAAGAGUCCCUACCAAGACCAGCUCCUUCCCCAUUGGUUGAAAAGAAGGAACCUAAGCUUAGAGAAGAUAGAAGACCAAUCACAGUUCACUUUGGACAGGUUCGUCCUCCAAGACCUCAUGUCGUUAAGAGACCCAAGAGCAACAUUGCCGUGGAAGGGCGAAGGACUUCAGUUUCCAGUCCAGAACAGCCUCAGCCAUACCGGGCCCUGAAAGAGUCUGAUAGUGCCGAUGGGGAAGAGGCUGUCAGUCCAGAGAAAGCAGAGGAGGCCCUGCCUCAAAACCCUCCUGCUCCUGACCAGAUCACAGAAAUUAACCUCCUGGAGGACAUUUUCACCAAUUUAGAGGUGGAAACGCAGCCUCAACUUCUCAGCCAAGCCAAGAGCUUGGAAGACCUAAGGACCCCAAAAGAGGAGAGUGCUCCACAAUGUACGUUUGAUUAUCAGAGAAUGGAUCUUGGUGAAUCCGAGAGGAGCAGGAUCGUGCCAGCCAUGAAACUCUCUCAUCCCUACAACAAGUUGUGGAGUAUGGGUCACGAUGACAUGGCCAUUCCUACCAAAUAUUCCCAAAGCUCACCAGAGAGGCCCCUGACUUCUUUUGGGACCAUCCCAUCAAUCCCACGGAGGCCCCGGAGCAAAGACAGCAUCCUGGCCCCUGCAGAGAGGGAGGAAGGCAGCGCAACUGUUCACGGAAACAUCACCAUCCCUAGACCCCAGGGCAGAAAAACUCCAGAGCAAGGGAUCGUCCCACCACCCCCGGUACCCCGACCCACCAAACAGCAGACUCCGGUGGGAGCAGCAGACACUGUGAACACCUGCCCUGCGGGACGCAGCGACUUGGCUUCGCAGCUCAUGCAGGAGGCCUUUACAGCCGGGAACGUGUCCCUUGACCUGGAAUUCAGACAGUCGGUAAAUUAUUCCCCUCGCCCCUCUCAGCUUCUGCCCAGUGCUAGCAGUGCUGCCGAGAUGCUCCAGCCCGUCAGGGUUAGCGCCGACAGUGCCGAGCGUGAGAGUGACUACCUUCUCAGCCUGCUGGACCCCUUGAAAACCACCAGCUGGCAAAACACAGGACCCCAGCAAGGCGCUAGCAAUGUGCAGAGCUCCGCCUCACCUGGCUCUGCUGCUGGCUUUGCUUCAGUGGGCGGGGAGUUUGCCUCUUCUCCGGCAGCACCGUUCACCCACCCGCUGGGAUACCCUCCGUCAGCACCGCCGUUUCUGCAGCCCUCCCUCAACCCAUUUACACAGACGGUGCCAGCAUCCCUGACGAUGUCUCUGGCCAGACCCCCAGGGGGACCCUUUACCCCGCCGUUAGGCCAUGCUUAUAGCACCAGCUUCAUGACACCUAAUUCUGGCUUUUACCAACCACAGCGACAUCAGCCAGGCAUUUCAGCUUUGUCCAUGCCCCAUCUGUUUGGCCAGGCUACACCACCAGCACAGGCUAGUUCCUUACUACCGCAGAACCAUAGCCCUUCCCCAGCCAGCUCUCUGCUGCCAGCACGCGUAAGUGGGCCUUCUCAAAUCCGAACCUUGCCAGCCGGCCGUUCUGGCUCAAAGAUAGAUGUCAAGCAAGGGUUGGCACGAAGUUCUAGUGACCGCCCUCUGAUCCCCCCAAGGCCCGCUAAGAGCUCAGAGUCCGGGUUACUGCCCUCAAAGCCUGAGGAGACAAAAGAUCCAUUUGAAGAUCUGUUAAAAAAGACAAAGCAGGAGGUUUCGGCCACCCCAGGUAAAGUAGAUCAGCUCAGAAAGCGCUGGGAAACCUUUGAAUAAUGCUCCACACGACCGCCUUCCUUUUGGGAUUAGAUUCUUCUUCUUAUUUGGUUGGCUUGUUUUGAGCCAACACAAAACCAAGUUUCUUUAUAUGGAAAGUUAUGGACACAGGAAACACAACUGCUCUUCUAGAAUUCACAAGCAAGUGCUACUGGCUGGAGUCCAUUUUGUUGAUGGAACCCCCAUGUCGUCCCAUUACCAGCUCUGGUUUUCACACUGGUAACCUAGCGGGCUCUUUGCCUGCAGUCGGUGAAACCUCCAAUGACCCUUGCGCGGGCCAAAGCAUUAAGGUUAUUAGAUUGUAUUUUCUUUCCUUUUCCCACAAAUGGCCUUCUCAAGAUACUACUGAACCAGAAACUGCUCAUUUCCUCCCUUGUAUUCUCACAGCACGUUCAAUUUCUUCAGUUAUACAUAUUGCUUUGAAUGUUUGCUUACGUACGUAGUGUGCAGCAACUAACCAAAACCGGUGGUUUGUAUGGAGUUAAUCCACUGGGCUUCCACUGAGUUUGUUCACUAGCCUGUUUAGCAAUAUAUACAUUUCACUGAUUACACAAUUGUAUGAGCUUUUGUUGUAGGUUUUGGGUUUUUUUACACUCACCCCGUGACCAUCACCCACAGAGCAGGGACUUCUUCAGUACAGACUCCAUAGUAUUCCCAGUUACAGCAAAACAACAGUACAGAGCGAAACAUCCGUGGCUCAGGGCUCGAUCUGCUGUCUCCGGUGGGAAAAUGGAAGCACCAGCAAUUUAAUUUUUAAACAAAGACAUUGGAAAGUGUCUUGUGAUGGAGUCCUUAAACUAUAGCCUACUUAAUCUGUACCUGUGCAUCAAUAUGAUCGAUCAGUGUUCUAGAUGGCAGUAUUUGAAUGGAUGUAAAAAAGAGAAAAAACAGCAGGACAUAAGUAUUCCAAGAUCUUGAGUUCUCCAAGCCAAACCGCAGUCCAUUGAUGAGAAGGCCUGUUUUCAGAUUGGUAAAGCCACAGUCCAUGUCAUACCCAGAAAUCACAAGCUAUAGCUAUUCCCACGUCAACAACGUAACACUAAAAUGUCAGGUGACAGCUGCCUGUCAUUGCUGUAUUUUUGGAAGCACUAAGUGCCACCUGGGCGCAGCUGAGAUUUCGUCACCGUGUACAAGGUUCAGCAUCCCUCAUUCACACUUUCAGAAGUGUCGAGAACUUUGUUCCCACUUUUGCUGAGGUCACAAAUGGAAGGUGGUGGGAACCAGGUGAUGUACCAUAAAGCAAUGAACAUGUGAAAGGAUUUAUUGAUUUGGAUUUUGCACAACAUUUCUCUCCGGCGACCAUGACCUCAAACAUUUCAAUGCUUAGGGUUGGCAUUUCUGUAAGAACUGCUACCUGUACCAGGGUCAUUUUUGUUUGUUACAUAAGUAUUGUUGGGCUUUGGCUUUUUUACUUUGAGACAGUUUGCUUUAAAACACCUACUCAGAAGUAAUUUUGUCACAAUUUUGUCUUUGUUUAAGCAAAAGAAGCAGUUGUAGACACAUGGGAAAUUCUUGUGAGACUCUGUCCAAAUUCUCUCUGGUAUAUGUAUUUUGUUCCUAGAAUCUCCUUGCGGGCUCUCUUAAUCUAGUGUAUUAAAAUGGCCAUCUACAUUGGAGCCUGUGCAAUAUAAGAAAAUCUACUCUAAUAACAGAAUGCCAACAGUUUGAGGGAGACCUUAAUGUUGCAUUGGUGUUUCUGGAAAGUACUACUGUUUUUACACACCAGUCAAUCAGUUUUGUAUUUCUUUUCUUUGUGGGGAGCUAGAAGGUGAAUGAUUUUCAUAUUGCCUAGUUCUGUAUAGUAAAAUAUUUAACAUCUACAAGAUUAGCAGCAUUUUGUUCUAGACUGUACAGAAUGUGAAUUUCUGAGAUACCAAUUUGGUCUAGACACUCUGAACCCUUUAACUGCUGUAUGCUCACUCAUAAACCUUUCCCAGAGGUGUGUAUGAUAGAGGGAAGUAUCUGAAUUGCCAUUUCAUGUACAUGUACGUCUCUUUUUUUCCUUUUGAAUGCUAUGCACUGGCUGUGUGGUGAAUAUUCGUUUUAAACUAAGUGGGAAAAUGCUACGGUAUUUCUGUAUCGUUGCAAAGUAUUUUCCAGCCUUAUUUAAUGUUUUAUUCUGUUCACCCAUUUGUCCAACAGAUUGUCGUGAGCGGUCUGCUGCACUGUUCUUUUGAAACGCACAAACAAGUCUUGAUGUUUAAAAAAAGCCAACCCUGAGACCCUGCAAAAUAUUCAAACACUUGAUCGUCCUCUUCCCUUUCUUUUACAUAAGGAAAAAAAGGUGGGCCCACUCGGGAGAGAUCCAUAGUAGGUAGGGAGCACUUUGCUAGUGCUUGUCUGGUCCCUCACUUCUUGGAUUGGAUCUGCAAAGGAGGAAAUCCGUCUCGCGUGUUCAGCAAAAUAAAAGAAUCAAACCAUCACGGGUGCUAUUGUUUGUCUCAUUGAAACUGUUGAAUACCUGACAUGAUCUGUGGCAGGGAAUUUGGGACUCUGGGCUUUGCAUUCACCUAACAGCUAGCAAGUUUUUAGCAAUUUCCAAAUGGCAUUAUACUCCGCACGGUGGGGGAGAGAUUUUCAUCUUAGCUGGUGUUGUCCAUGUUUGCUUGUUUUUUAUACUGCAUCCCUUAUUUACAUUUGCUCUUAUCCAUCACAGUGUUCUUUUCCCUCUCGUUUUGAAAGCUGCUAAGUAUAUGGGCCAGAGCACAGCAAUGCACCUCUUGGUAAUCAAACUGUUGUUCUGAUUUGUCUUGUUGAGCAAGUUGAGGUGUGGGGUUGGAUAUUUUGGGUAAAAAAAAAAUCUGUUUGAUUUCUGUGUUCUCAAGAAGCCUGUAUAAAGUGUGAGUUCGUUACUUUGAAUUUAGCUUCACAGAUUUGUCAAUGACAUUUUAUGGGACAUAACUAUUAAUCUAGGUUGGGAGUUCUUGUGCUAAAUGUUUUUCAUAAGUCAAAUGUCAUUUGUCAGAAAUCACACUUUUAAUAGAAACCUCAUUUUACAAGAUGUUGUUGGGAACGUUUCUCAGAUCCGUGAGUAGGUGAGUGAGACUCCUGCUUCAGAAUAUGCAGCAACUCCAUGGUUAGGGCACCCAUCGGGCACUCACCUGGGAGGUGGGAGACCCAAGUCCAACUCCCUGCUGUCUUGGAUUUGGAACCAAGUGGACCCCUGGCUAUUCUUUUCUGGCAUGAUGGGCUGUGUGUGUCCACUUUUUCAUGGCAAAAAUGUGACUUCUCAUUCUGCAUCC